ACAUUAUAUAAGCUUUAAUUGCGUGGACAAAUCCACAUUCCACAUUUUGAAACUUUUCAUGCAUAGAGAUAAUAACGAAUCACUCAAAAUGAAUUUGUUGCAAUUGUAAAAAGAAAAACCAAAACAUGGCUAGCCGGAGAGAAGUACGGUGCCGUUGCGGCAGACGGAUGUUGGUUCAACCAGACGUCCGUGCCAUCCAAUGCCCAACCUGCCACAACGUCACGCAGGUCUACUCGCUGGUGGACGUAGCACGCGGUGCGCAACGCAUAAUUAAUGGGUUUCAACAGCUACUUAGACCACAUCAACCACCGCAACAUCAGCAUCAUCCACAACAACAACAACAACAACAAAUGAUGGCUCAACGGCCACCGCCACCGCGGCUGCUCGAGCCUCUUCCAUCGCCGUUUGGGAAGAAGAGAGCAGUUUUAUGCGGCGUGAACUAUAAGGGAAAAAGCUACAGCUUGGAAGGUUGCAUCAGUGAUGCUAAAUCCAUGAGAUGUUUCUUGGUUCAAAAAAUGGGUUUCCCUAUUGACUCUAUUCUCAUGCUCACAGAAGAUGAAACCAGCCCUGAUAUCUCUCUGUUCAAUUUCAUAUCUACCCUUCUCAAUGGCUUCUUAUUACAGUUUUGCCAUCUUACUCACUCUUCUCUUCGCCACAACAGGCUUUUCCGCCGCCGCGUUGGUCAAGGAGCAGCCGCUUGUACUCAAAUACCAUAACGGAGCUCUCUUGAAAGGUAACAUCACCGUCAAUCUCGUUUGUUACGGGAAAUUCACACCGAUCCAACGGUCCGUCAUCGUCGACUUCAUCCGCUCGCUCAACUCCAAAGACGCCUCCUCCGCCGCAGUUCCUUCCGUCUCAUCGUGGUGGAAGACGACUGAGAAAUACAAAGGAGGAUCCUCAACGCUCGUCGUCGGGAAGCAGCUUCUCCUCGAGAACUAUCCUCUCGGAAAAUCCCUGAAAAAUCCUUACCUCCGUGCUCUGUCCACAAAACUCAACGGCGGCGGACUCCGUGCCAUAACCGUCGUUCUAACGGCGAAAGACGUUACCGUCGAAGGGUUCUGUAUGAACCGAUGCGGGACUCACGGAUCAUCCGGCUCGAAACCGCGUCGCGCUGCUAACGGCGCGGCUUACGUCUGGGUCGGGAACUCCGAGACGCAGUGCCCUGGAUAUUGCGCUUGGCCGUUUCACCAGCCUAUUUACGGACCACAAACGGUGACGUUGGUCGCUCCUAACGGUGACGUUGGAGUUGACGGAAUGAUUAUAAACCUCGCCACGCUUCUCGCUAACACCGUCACGAAUCCGUUUAACAACGGAUAUUUCCAAGGCCCACCAACUGCACCGCUUGAAGCUGUCUCCGCUUGUCCUGGCAUAUUCGGGUCGGGUUCUUACCCGGGUUAUGCGGGUCGGGUACUCGUUGACAAAACCACCGGGUCUAGUUACAACGCCCGUGGACUCGCCGGUAGGAAAUAUCUAUUGCCGGCGAUGUGGGAUCCGCAGAGUUCGACGUGCAAGACUCUUGUUUGAUUCAAGGGAUGUGAGUAUGACACGUGGCAUAUUUCGAUUGCGAUGACGAGAUCUUAGAUGGCAAGAUGCACGGCGCGUGUGUAUAAAAAAAACUUUCGGGUUUGGAUCUCGGGUUUGGAUUGUGGAUAGGGCUCUCACUCUCUCUUUUCUUUUGUCGUUUUGUUGUGACGUGUAAAAAAAUUGUGCUUCGGAAAUGUGGAAAAUAUAUGCAUAUAAAAAUAAGGAAAAAAAAAUCAUUUUGUUUCUCUACUUUAUUAAAAUUUAAGGCACUCGGUUUUGCUU